UGUUUAGCCUGACAGUGCAGUGAAUGAGAAGAGAGUGAGGGAGAAAGGGAGACAGACUUUCUCGCUGUGUAUGAAUUACAGAGAAAGCAGCAGAAAAUCAUAUCAUCUUUUACAGGACUGGGUUUUUCUAUUGGAUUACAAACAAGAAGAGAGAUUUUCACAGAACACACAUACAAGGGUAGAAAUGAAGCUUCUAGCGGCCAUAGCAGUGGUGCUCCUCCUGGUGGUGUCGGAGAGUAUGGCGGCCAGAGGCACAUCCAGGAGGACCAAGAGGGAGCUGAUGAGCCCGCUGCACAUGGGGGGAAUCAGGGACCCGUUUGGGUCGUACUGCGAGCGGAGAGGGGGCUGCUGCCCGGGCCGGGACGACCAGUGUACGGUGCCCUACCUGGACACCAUCUGUUACUGUGACCUGUUCUGUAACCGAACCAUCUCAGACUGCUGCCCUGACUUCUGGGGCCACUGUCUGGGCAUCUCACCCCCUUUCAUUGGCACCUGUGAAAGGAACAGCCACAAAUUCCUCUCAGGACAGACAUACAAAGAGAACUGCAACUUAUGUACGUGUGGAACAACUGGGCGUUGGGAGUGUGAGCAGCAUGCCUGUCUGAUAGAGAAUGACAUGAUCCAGGCUGUCAACAGAGGAAAUUAUGGCUGGCGGGCAGCAAACUACAGCCAGUUCUAUGGCAUGUCUCUGGACGAGGGCCUGAGGUAUCGCCUGGGGACACAGAGGCCCUCCAGGACUAUCAUGAGCAUGAACGAGAUGCAGCUGAAUAUGGACCCUCAGAAUGACCGUCUGCCUCAGUACUUCAACGCAGCAGAGAAGUGGCCUGGAAAGAUCCAUGAACCUCUGGACCAGGGCAACUGCGCUGCCUCCUGGGCCUUCUCCACUGCAGCGGUGGCAUCUGAUCGAAUCUCCAUCCAGUCGAUGGGUCACAUGACCCCUCAACUGUCGCCCCAGAACCUAAUUUCCUGUGAUACACGCAACCAAGGGGGCUGUGCUGGAGGCCGUAUCGACGGAGCCUGGUGGUACAUGAGGCGCAUAGGUGUGGUGACAGAGGAGUGCUACCCGUUCUCUGCUCCCCAGCAGACACCAGCAGAGGUGGGCCGCUGUAUGAUGCAGAGUCGCUCUGUGGGCCGUGGAAAGAGACAGGCUACUGCACGCUGCCCCAGCACACACACCUACCACAAUGACAUCUACCAGUCUACACCUCCCUACAGGCUCUCAUCAAACGAGAAGGAGAUCAUGAAGGAGAUUAUGGAUAACGGCCCAGUGCAAGCCAUCCUGGAGGUCCAUGAGGACUUCUUCGUCUAUAAGAGUGGAAUCUACAAACACACAGACGUCAGCUUCACCAAACCACCACACUACCGCAAACACAACACACACUCCGUCAGAAUCACAGGGUGGGGAGAGGAGAGGAACUAUGAUGGGACAACAAAGAAGUUCUGGAUCGCUGCCAACUCGUGGGGGAAGAACUGGGGGGAGAACGGCUACUUCCGUAUCGCUCGCGGUGAGAACGAGUGUGAGAUUGAGGCGUUUGUGAUCGGUGCGUGGGGUAGGGUCACUAUGGAAGACAUGCAGAGCCACCAUCACCGCCGAUUCAAGUAGAACAUACACUCCAGGAACUCAGCACCCUCUUCCCCUACCCUGAGGGAGCAACUCAACUAGCCCCAGAGUGCCUACCCUUCAGCCCAUACCCUCUUCCCCUCCCUACCCUGGGGGAGCAACCCAACCAGCACCUGAGGCCCUGCUCUUACUCCUUUAUCCCCGCGCCAAAAUUUGGGGGAACAACUCAACCAGUUCCCACUCUGACCUUUGGGGGAACCAACAACAACUACCCCAAGAACUUAAACUCUUAACCCCUUACCCCCUUGCACCCACCUCCCCUUACGGCAGCCUAGGGGUUUUGAUACCCCAACCGCCCCCCCCCCCCCCAACCCAACUCAAGGUUGAUGGCACCAAAACAAGCUCCAGGCCUGCAGGCUGAGAGAGGCUUCUCCAUACAGCCUCCUCUGGCUUCAGGACACAGCAAUAAGCACCUCAGGACUCAUUAUUCCAAAGACCAUCCUUCCCAGACUCCUCGGCUUCAGCCCGGCAUAGACUGUCUACUUCCUACUUCUGUUCUUAAGUCUUCACUUCCACUGCUAUAAUGAUGAAAGAACUGUCUUGAUCUGAACUCUCUCACUCUCCUCUUUCUCAUUGUGUAGCUCUUCAUUUGGCUGCCAUGACAGGUGGCUAUCCAUUUGGCUGCCAUGACAGGUGGCUAUCUAUUUGGCUGCCAUGACCGGUGGCUAUCCAUUUGGCUGCCAUGACCGGUGGCUAUCCAUUUGGCUGCCAUGACAGGUGGCUAUCCAUUUGGCUGCCAUGACAGGUGGCUAUCCAUCUGGCUGCCAUGACAGGUGGCUAUCCAUUUGGUUGCCAUGACAGGUGGCUAUCCAUUUGGCUGCCAUGACAGGUGGCUAUCCAUUUGGUUGCCAUGACAGGUGGCUAUCCAUUUAGAUGCCAUGACAGGUGGCUAUCCAUUUGGCUGCCAUGACAGGUGGCUAUCCAUUUGGCUGCCAUGACAGGUGGCUAUCUAUCUCUGGUCUUGGUUAACCCUCUCUCUGUGUUUCUCUGUUGUUGUGUAUUUUGAAAGCCAACCCCUUAGGGACAGAUUGGGAUGGGGAGAACCAGAGUGAUAGAGGGGUAGAUGAUACAGGCACCAGACUGGGCAGUUCCCACAACAAGAGAUGAUAGAAACUAACAAUCUACUACCGUUUAGUUUAACGUUAUCACUAACUCUUAGUCUAGCUACUUACAUUGCUGAUUAAUGUAUUCCUAUUACUGUCAGCAGAUCUAGUGCAGUUGCAGUAGCCAUGCAUAUCUUCACAUGUUCCAAAAAUGCAGAAUCCUACACUGGAAAGGGUGUUGGGCUAGAGGUAGGUGCGGUUGAGGGUUUAGUGAGCUGUCCAUUUGACCAAUAAUUCAUUUAAUUCAUUUAAUUCAUUAAUUUGCCAAAGAUUGCUGUUUUCUUUUUAGGUUAAUUGCACAGUACAGUAUUGAGUUUAAGCAAGCUCUGGAAGUGAAACUCAAUGCCAAAUGUCUCUUGAGUUUUCAGUACCACAUAAUCUAUCUGUUUAUGAAAGAGAUGGUGUCAAUCUUCCAAUGAUAUCAAAUCAACUUCGAUCUCAUGACCAUGACAGCUCUUGACUGAAACCAACUGCUUGAACACAACUUUUCAUUAGAAAUAAUAUUAGUGGAUCAGCCGUUUAUAAAUCUCCCUUAUUACUAUUUAUAAAGUACGUAUAAAAGCAGAGAUGAAGUUUGUUUAAUAUGUGUGGAUGUGAUUGUAGCAAGCGAGGAGCUUAAAAACAGCCUUUGAAAAACACAUUCCGUUUAUUAAAUCAACUGGUUGAUAAAAUCAUAUCUUGGAAAAAUACGAGAUCGAUUGAAAUAACAGUGUUGUCCUUUUGGUUUGAAGAAGGUGAAAUGGUCACCACCAGAUGAUGCCAGAGACAGAAGAGAAAGAGAGACACUUGACUCACUAAUUAUUUUCUGAUCGGGGUGGAGCCACUUUGGGCUACUUAUUGGCCCGUCUCACUUUUUCUGGUUUGGUGGGUGGGACGAGCAAGAGUGGACACUAAGUAGACCAGAGCCAGUUCUUCCCUCUCUCACUUGAGCAUGCCAGACAUUAUGGAGAAGCUGUGAGCUCACACAGGAAAGCAUGUUCACGCAAGAGAGGGAACCGGGACCAUUUUUUUUCAAUGGUAAACAGCCUGAGGAAACCAUCUAAGUUAUCCACUAUCUUUGAUGAUCCUUCAACGUGACAACUUUAUGGGUUAUCAAAUGCCUUAAUGAAAUAAGUGCAAUUUUUUGGGGAGCCUCUGGUUGAAAGAUUAGACCCAUUGUGUAUUAUAGUCUUAAUCUAUUUCAUUCUGUGUAUUUACAUUUGACUCAUUUAGCAGAGGCUCUUAUCCAGAGCAAUUUACAGGAGCAAUUAGGAUUAAGUACCGGCAGGCACACCGGCAGGUUUCCCCCCCACUUUCGUUGUGCCGGGGAUUCGAACCAGCAACCUUUCGGGUUACUGCCCAAUGCUCUUCACCACUAGGCUACCUGUACACAGUGAUAUGGUUAUGCUGAAAAUAUUCUUAUUGUUGCUGUUGUGUAUUAGUUGCUUUGAGAGAUGUUUGUCUCCCACACAAACUCCCCCCUCCCCUGACCAGUUGCUUUAAAGCAGGGGUGUCAAACCCAUUCCAUAAGAGGCCACACUGUCUGCUGGUUUUAUAUUUCAAUAAAGACCUAGAUGACCAGGUGAGGGGAGUUCCUUACUAAUUAGUGAACUUAAUUAAUCACUCAAGUACAAGGGAGGAGCGAAAACCCGCAGACAAUCAGCCCUCCGUGGAAUGAGUUUGGCACAUGUGCUUUAAAGGGUGCUCAGGAGGUGCAUAUUCUUCUGCAAAAACACACAUACAUCAAAAGGUGAGGAGGUCGCCGCACUCAGCUGCCAAAGUCUGUUCAGUGCUGUUUCAUUGUAGUUUUUUUGUCAGUUUGAUGGUAUAAGCCUAAUAUCUCAGACACAACAUGCCACUAACACUUCAGUAUUUAGCAAUAGGCAUGUGUAGGCCUAUACAACAGACUCAUUGUGACGUUUCAAAGGUUGUGCAUCUCCCCAAAAUGUUUAAGUAGGUAGCUCAAGCCUCAACUGAAGCCAGUGAACACACAGGUUCUGAUAUACUGAUUUAACUUGAUAUAACUACCUUAUGUAAUGUUGCCCCAGGUGCUCUUUUUAUGUUGUCUCUCUAAUUUUGUUCAAAUUUGAUAUAUAGUUUUGUCAUUAGUUUUUAAUGUAUCAGAUUCCAGAGGUGCCAACAGUCCUUUCAGAGACCACAUCAUAUUACAGUCUCACUCCACAAUAAACUGCUUGGCUUCCCAGAAGUGAUGUAUUUUCAACUGUGACACCUUUCCAAUAUGGCUUUCAGUUGUCACAUUGUUACUGUAACUCAGCCAAGGCUCCUAUAAGCCUACACCAUUUUAUACAUUUCAAGUAGGCCUUUAGUUUUAAACCCUCGUUGCAACCAUCACCUCUGAGAAAAGGACAGAGGCGCAAGAAAACAGACAUGUGUGGAUGGACAAGCAAUGUUCAAUGUGGAGGAAGGUUAGGCUAUAGGAGGUAGGGCAGACAUUGCCUCAUGUUGUGUGAACCAUGUGGUCUACAGAAUAUUUACUUUCACUUCAAAUGGAGCGAGAGAGGAUGAGUACGGUCAAAUGGGGGGAUGGUGAGGUGCAUCAUGAGUUCACGAGGCAUGACAGUGCAGAAAGAAUGGAGAACAGAAGGGAGGUGGGGGUUGAGGGGGGGACUGAGGAGGGAGUCAACAGAGCUGAAAACAGAUACGAUGACAUCGUGUUGUUUAGAAAAGAGUACACAAGAAAACUUUACCACUAUUUAGGGCUUUGUUAAGCCAGUAUCGCUGAAGCGUUAUAGAACGCUCGAUUUUCUGCAAUAUGUAUUGAAUAGAGCCCUCAGUUGUGUUUUUCACUUGACUUUUAAUCCUUUAGAGGUUCUAACCCCUGAUGCUUCAAUAGUCACAUGAUGGACGGACUCAUGCGAAACAUAGCCACAGUUCACAGGAGGUUGGUGGCAACUUAGUUGGGGAGGACGGGCUUGUGGUAAUGACUGAAGCGGAAUGCUUCAAUAGUCACAUGAUGGACGGACUCAUGCGAAACAGCCACAGUUCACAGGAGGUUGGUGGCAACUUAGUUGGGGAGGACGGGCUUGUAAUGACUGGAGCGGAAUCAGUGGAAUGUUAUCAAAUACACCUGGAAACCAAGUGUUUGAUGCCAUUCCAUGUGCGCCGUUCCUGACAUUAUUAUGAGCCGUUCUCCCCUCAGUAGCCUCCACUGCCAUAGCUAUGCAACAAAUCAACAAGUGAAAGCUGAUGUGCAACAUCAUUUAGUUUUUUGGUAGACAUUACAUAAUUUUAUUGCAUUCAUAAAAUGUCACGCUUUUUGGUUUAAUAAAAACAAAUCAAUUGUUAAAAUUGUGACUUCUAAAAGCAAUAUGAAAGGAAUCUGCUAAUGCGUUGCUAGGCAAUAAAGAAGGCUACAUGUCAUUGUGUCAUUUCUUACAUUUUGCAAAAUAUUAACAAGUAGAAUUGGGAGGUGUUUCCGCAUGAUUAAUUUAUUCUAGAUUUUACAUUACCGUUAUAAGCUACCAUAAAUGUUCAUAGACCUAGUUGUUUAUUGGUGCAAGUCAAAUCAGUUUUAUCCUUUAAAAUAAUGUUAUAGUACUAUCCCAUUAGACUAUGAGAUACAGCCCCUAGCCAAUGAAAAACCCCAGGGCUCUGUCCCAAACCCUAUUCCAUAUACAGUAGUGCACUACUUUGACCAGUGCCCUGGGACACAGCUAGGCCUACUGUAGAAGGUUAUUGUCAAUAUGUUGGCUAACCAGAUGGAUCCUCAUUCCCAUGCAGUCAUCCAGAUAGUUAUGUCCUUAUAGGGAUAAACCAGUGAUAGACAAAUAAGCCUGUCUGGAUCAAUGGGACGAGAUGAGAAGGCAAUUGAAUCCAAGUCAUGCGGAGGAAAGGAAUUUGGCCAAAGCUGGAUCCAAGUUGGUCUGACUGUUCUUUUUUAGUUUGAGUGAAUCAUGAGUGUGAUGAUUCACUGGGUUCCAUCUUUAGUCUGCCUAUUCAAGGUGCCCAGAUCUGUAGAAGUGCCCAGAUCUGUAGAAGACACUCUCUCGAGUCGACUAACAAUGAGAUCUUUGUCAGUCUUAAAAAACUAUUUGGAUGGUAUUCAGGGGUUAAAGUUACUCUGACAUUAAAGAGCCACUCACUCAACCAAACAUGUAUCUUAUACUAUAGGACUCCUUCAGAACCACAGAACCCUAGUCAGAAGUUGUGUAUUCAAAGUCAAAGACCCACUUCAUAUUCAUUGAUACAUAGACUUUAUUUAUGACAAGAUGUAUAAAUGAUAUAUUUUAUUUUCUGUGCAAUGUUUAUUAUUAUGAUCUGUCUCUUGUAUUGUGUGCACUAAAUGAAACCCCCCUAUAGUUUUUACCUGUGUGGCACAAUAAAGUAUCUUAAAACAACCA